GUCACAGUUCACACAGCAUCCUCAGCCUGACUCUCCUCAGACCGAUCACAAUGUCGUAUCCAGUGAGCGCUCAGCCCCAGGCCAUGCAGGGAUACAGCACCAGCACCAGCCAGUGGAACUCCGACGUCAUGGACUGCUGCGAGGACAUGGGGAUCUGUCUUUGUGGAGCAUUUGUCCCCUGUAUUCUGGCGUGUAGGGUGGCUUCAGACUUCGGAGAGUGCUGCUGCCUGCCAUUCCUGCCGGGCACUUUGCUCGCCAUGAGGACCGGCGUCAGGGAACGAUAUCACAUCCCGGGAAGUAUCUGCAAUGACUGCGUGUGCCUGACAUUCUGCGGACAGUGCACGCUUUGUCAGAUGGCCCGUGAGCUGAAACAAAGGGCCUGAUGGGACCGUACGGAGACACGCCGAGCCUCAAUGGACUGUAACAUACAGAGGGAUGGUCGCUGAAUGACCACCGCACCCAAUGUGGGAGGAAGCGGCGCCAUACUGUGCACACAAAGCCUCUAUACACCUGCCCACCGCGCCCCACCACUGGCCGUACCGAGAAGGACGACUGCCCUCUCUCCAUUUUAUAUAAUAUUCUCCUCGGAUGCAGCCGGUGUGUAACUACAUCUCCAUCCCUGCAGGCUGUCAGAGCAUGCUGGGAGUUGUGGUUCCACACCAGCUGGAGACCCCUGCCCUGACUGUUUGUGUGAGUUUUAUGUAUUUGCAUUUUAUAAAAUAAGAUUAUAAUAAAUACAGAGAAAUGUC